AUGGCUGCCGUCGAGAGCAGCUUUGCGACCCUGGAUGAUGCAUUGAGGGCAUCGCGGCAACAAAGCGGGCAGGCAACAGGCCCCUCACUGCCCAACUGGAAGGCGCAGCGCCGCCAGUUGUUUCGCUCCGUCUUCCAGACUGACAUUUCUCAGCCCACACCCCAAGCAACCCCCCUCGCCGUCUUUCCAGAAUUCGGCCAAGCCUUUGGCGUUCCCGGGGCGGCAGGACCCAGAGGAGCUGGCGGCCCGACUGCUGAAGCAGGGCUCGCUCAGUCGCAGGACAGUGAGGACCUCGAACUGCCGGAUGCACACGAAGACGAGGGUGCGAGCGGCGGGCAGACCCCAAGAGGGCCAGCAGGAGCCACUGCACCCCCCUCUCGACGUGGCCUGCGCAGCUCCAGCGUCUCAUUUGCACCACAGCCUCAAGGGAGUGCAGCAAGCGAGGCUAGUCGACAAAGACGACGAAGGGGGCACGGGUUCGAUGCGGCACCACCACCGUUGGUGCAGUCUGAGUCGGCCGCAGACGACCAGAUCCGCUUCGACCGCGCAUGGCAUGUGGUUACCGCCCGCAUUGCCCUGCCCUCGUCCGUCGCGGUGGAGGACUCCUUUGGCACCCUGGCCCCUGAGUCGCAGCUGCUUUCGUCGCAGGAUGCGGCCACCGAGACAGAGUUCCAAGAGGCCCUGCGUCUGGUCCUGUACGCCAGCGCCAUCCUCCCACGCGCAACGCACGUCGAGGACGUCUUGGCCUGGCACACCCACCAGGUUCGCCGCCACUAUGCGCAGCAUGUGCUGCCCAUGCUCUCGGCCUGUACCGGCGAAGCACCGGCCUCUGUGCCACCGGGCGACCUCCGGUACUACGACCACCAUAUGAACGUCGUUUUGAACAGUGUCCGCACGUUGGAGGCCGCGUUUCGCCUGUAUUUUUAUGGAAUGAUGCUGCUCGCACGCGGUCUGCCGUCCGGCGAGGAACCAAGUCAUAACGAAGGCGGCAGCGACGGCGAGCACACACCGUCGCCACCGCCGACGGCAGACACCGUCGUGUCCCGCUUCCGCCAAGACGUGAAUGCCCUCGUGGCGAACUCGACCCCGGAGGGUCUUGUAGUCUCCCUCCGUAUCGUCUUGACCCGGUUUGCCAGUGUUAUCCUAGGGUUCGAUCCCCCCAAACCAGAGGACGGUAGUGCCACAGCAACUUCGGCUGCUGCCAGCAACAGCACACCAUUCAGAAGGCGAAGUGCCCAGGGAGCACCCAUUUCGCCUGCGCCAAAACAAAGAAAACCGCUGUCAGCUACAGCAGCGGCAAUACCGCGUCCGCCGGCCGAUGACGAUAGCCGCGUCCAGCUGCUGCGACAGCAGAUGCACGAGAUCCUUGUGCCCCUGCACAAUGUCGGUCUCGCCGGCGAGAACUUCCAGAUCCUGCUCGCCGAGAUUAUGGACGAAAAGAUGGUGGAGUUUAUCCAACUCUCCUUUGCCGGGAGCUGGAACGAGACGGAUGCAGAGGCAGCCUCGGUGGGGGACCGGACUGCUAUGCGGUCGUCAAGUCUUUCCGCCAGCGUCGGAGCCGGUUUCAAUGCGAGCUUUGUUGGGACCCCAUCGCGGCCCGGGCAUCGCCAGUCGAAAGGCCCCAGUGCACCCUCGGCGUGCAUCGGCGCGUUGAACCACUGGAUCGAGAACCACUUUGCACGUCUCGCACACGAAGUUCUCGGCCGCAUCGGUGCCGCCGGCGCUGGUGGCGCGCGCGAAGCUGUUUCACUGUCGGAUGUCAACAAAUGGAAAGAAGUGGCCCUCGGCCGCCUGUCCGCUCUGCGCAUGACGGAGCUAUUCGACAUUGUCCUGCACUGGCCGCAGAGUCGAACCGGUCUCGAGGAUUUGCGCAUCAGCGUCACCACGCCGCAACGCCGCUCGCAGCUAGUGUCCACCUUCACGGCGGCCCUGCGAAAGCGCCUGCUGCACCCGGCUUGCUCGACGCUCGAGAUUUUGCAGGUCUACGUCGCCAUGAUCCGCACAUUUCACGCCCUCGACCCAUCCAACGUGCUCCUCAGUGCUGCCGUGGGCCCGUUACAGUUUUACCUGUGCCAGCGCGAAGACGCUGUGCGCAUCGUGGUGGACGGCCUGUUGGCCGACCCGGAGAGCAUCUACGCAACGAACAUGACUGCCGCCAGCCGCAUUGAGCGGUCUCGCCUACGAUCGACGACGCCCACAUCAGGUUCGGCCACCGCGCCGCUGGUCGACAAGGCCAAGCUCGUCGAGCUCGCCGGCAUCCUCAACGAUCCGUCACAGCAGCGCCGCCGCCACGUAGACGAAGAGGAACUGGACUGGAACGACAUGGACUGGGUGCCCGACCCCAUUGACGCCGGCACCAACUACCGCCGCCCCAAGUCAGAAGACGUUAUUGGCACUCUGAUCAACGCUCUGGGCUCGCGCGAGGCAUUCACCAAGGAGUUCCAGAAUAUUAUUGCCGAACGCUUGUUGUCGCCGCAGGACUCGUUUGCCAAGGAAGUCAAGGUGCUCAACCUGCUCAAGAAACGAUUUGGCGAAAGCUCCCUCCAGAGCUGCGAGGUCAUGAUUCGCGACGUCCAGGACUCGGGCCACUUUGACGCCGUCGUGGAGCACCUGAUGCGCCUCGACAAAGAGGCAGACUCUGCCGCCUCUGCCGCCUCUUCCGCCCCUGCCGCCCCUGCCGCCCCUCCCCCCCCAAUUCAGUACCGGGCCAAGAUUCUGUCGCGCCUGUACUGGCCCGGCCUGGGUCCUGAGCACUUUCUGCUGCCGCGCCCCGUGGCGGACACACAGAAACGCGUUGAUUCGUUCUACGAGGCCAACAAGUCCGGCCGCAAGCUGGCCUGGCUCAACCAGCUCGGCCAAGCCACCGUCGACCUCGAGUUGGAUGACCGCACCGUGCAGGUGGACUGCAAGACAUAUGAAGCGACUGUCAUUUACGCCUUCCAGGACGACUCGGCCGAGGCGGAACGGCUCGUGCGCACGCCGCCUGCCCAGCGGACUGUGCCGCAGCUCUACGAAAUGCUCCAGAUGGACGAGGAUCUGAUUGUGUCUGCGCUCCAAUUCUGGGCGAGCAAAGGCGUGCUCAUGCAAGACCGCCAGGAUCCCGAACGCUAUACGGUCAUUGAAGAUGUCGAGCGCGCCAGGGUCGAGCGCGAGCGGGCGAUGGCGAGAGACGAGGCGGAACGCAAGAAGGCGGCCGAGGCGGCCGACGAAACACCUGCGCCAACCACGGCCACCACCGCAACCGCAGCGGCGGCUCCGACCCGCAGCAAGCGCGAGGCUCGCGCUGACGAUGCACAGCGGACCGUGUAUUGGCAAUUCAUUGUGGGCAUGCUGACAAACAGCGCCGUCUCCAUGCCCUUGGCGCAGAUCGCCAUGAUGAUGAAGAUGCUCAUUGCCGAAGGCUUCCCUUGGAGCAACGAGGAGCUGCAGGAGUUUCUGGGCGAGAAAGUCACAGACGGCGAGCUCGAGGUGGUUGGCGGCAAGUACCGUCUAGUUAAGAAGUAG